AUGGGGCUGCGCGCGACAGUGUCGCCGUGGGCGAGCGCGGGCUGCACUACAUCGCUUGGACUCAGACCAAAGGCGAGCGCGCGGCUGCUGGGCGCGCAGACGGUCUCCAGCGGCGACGGCGACUGCGCGGGGCGCGCCCACCCUCUGCCUGGAUUGGACGACGUCGAAGAACUUUGCGCAGUCGAGAGGCCAUUGGUUCACAGCCAAUCCUUCACUCACUACUUCGCGAUGUCUUCACUGCUGAAACCGAUGGUGUCCACUUCUCUUAUCGCUACAUCCAGAAUUAAGGGAAGGAUGCAACUGCUUGCUCUGGAGGUUGACACAACGGGAUGGAAACGGGAGAGUGAAAUAAUGUUGCUCUCUGUUUUCAGCCCAGUUGCGUAUUUUACUCAGUAUGUUAUGCCCCAACAUGAUCUUCAUCCUUCAGUGGCAAAGAAAUUUGGGCUGGAAAUAGUUGAAAAGAAGCGUUCCCGCAAACUGGUGGAUUCAAGUAAUCACAAGACUGUCUCCACACGGUCGAUGAAGAACACCCUUCGCCACUUUGUUCGGUGGUUACGCGGAGCAGAGAAAGGAACAGAUGGUGUUAUUUUAUUCACAUUUGACAGGCGAAGAGCUGCAAUACCCCUACUUCUGCAGGCUUUAGAAAAAUACAAAUUGACAGAAAAGUUUUCAUACUCCGUCAAAGGUUUUGUUGUUCUGCAAGAUGCAGUGAAGACUGCGUUCAAGGAGACAUUCGUUUCCUACACAAUGACUUCUUUAUCUCGAGUUGUUUUGGACCUCGAGACAGAACCUAUUGCUGCCUGUACCAGAUCAAUCGUAACAUUUCAGCUCAUGGGCCGCCUGUUUGGAGGAAAAGAGUAUGAUGUCAUGCAAAACGAUGAACUAUACUACGUCCGCACACUUGCAAGCAUGGGAAUGUACAUGCAGCCAGUUACAAACGAAAUCGAGCGCGUCAAAGUGCAGAUUCGCAUGUACUCGCUCAAACCCGUGUUCGUCGGGAAGACACAAGUGGAAAAGGGGCGUUUCUAUGCACUUCGCAAGUUCUUGGCCGAGUCCGGCGUUGACUACAUGCUGCUGAAGGCAACAUACCAUCAAAAGGGAGAAGAAGGAAUAGAAGCACUGAUUAGUACAAAACUGGCACGCAUCAAAAUGAAACAACUUCAGUUGUUGCGAAAGGCAUUGGAAGAGCAUUUUAAAAUUCAACAAUGAAAUAUUUUUCAAACUACAUUUUUCUUUUUCUUGAGUAAUUUUUAAUUUUGCUAAUACUAAAACAAGUCUUCAAAGACGUUCAUUAAUUAUUUCUUGUUAAC